AUAUAUUCAAGGCAUAAUGUACAGACAAAGGUAUAGUAGGAUGUGAAUACAGUGGGGGUAAACCUGUGCAUAUAGUGAUAAUGAAAGAGAUAUUGUCUCUAGAAAUAGCAUUUAAACCAGGUGAUGUCACUGCGUGUGUGGGAGGUGGAACUAAAUUGUUAGCUGAGGCGUUUUGAGCAGUGCUAGAGGCUCUACAGUGAAAUUAAACAAUAGUUACAAACCAAAACAGCAAUGGACAAGGCAUGGUGAUGUAAGGGAGAGGCAUGCGUAGCCGGGUGAUCAUAAGAGUCCAGUGCGUGGCUUCAGGCAACUAGCUAGCAGGCUAACAGAAAGGCCUUAGCGGGGCGACGUGACGGAGGAAAGUCUGUUGUGGCCUCCUCGUGCAGUUACAUCAGAGGACGGAUCAGCAGGGCUCUGUGUGGUAAACCAGGCCAAUUUGCAAAAUAUGUAUAGUGGCCAAAGAAAUAUGUCCGAAGGGCCUCUUAAGCCAGCAGUCCAAUGUGCUUUAGAUAGCUAGCAGGCUUCCGGAUUAGCAGCUGUGCGUUCAGGGAACGUUAGCUGCUGUAAUUCUAGGUGGGGGAAAAAAAAUAUAUAUAUAUAUAAUAAUACAAAUAAAAAAAUAGGUUCAGAGCUUGCGAUAGGAAUCCGGAGAUAUGGAGAAGAAUAAGUCCGACUAGCUCUGGUUUGAGUCGCGCUGUACAGACUGGCGAGAGUUGUCCGGGAUAAAGGUAGCUGAUGACCGCUAGCAAAGGAUAGCUGACUGCUAGCUAGUAGCUUCGGAAUGUAUUCGAUGGGCCUCGUAAGCUAACAGUCCGUUGUGCUCUAGACAGCGAGCAUUCAGGGGACGUUAGCUGCGAAGGUCGGAAGGUGAGAAGGUUCAGAGCUUGCGGUAGGAAUCCGGAGAUAUGGAGAGGAAUAAGUCCGACUAGCUCUGGUUUGAGUCGCGCUGUACAGACUGGCGAGAGUUGUCCGGGAUAAAGGUAGCUGAUGACCGCUAACAAAGGAUAGCUGACUGCUAGCUAGUAGCUUCGGAAUGUAUUCGAUGGACCUCGUAAGCUAACAGUCUGUUGUGCUCUAGACAGCUAGCACUCAGGGGACAUUAGCUGCAAAGGUCAGAAGGUGAGAAGUUUCAGAGCUUGCGGUAGGAAUCCGGGGAUAUGGAGAGAAAAAUAGGUCCGGUAUGCUCUGGUUGAAUCGCGUUGUACAAACUGGCGAAAGCUUUCCGAGCUAAAGGUUAGCUGAUGACCGUUAGCUGGCUAGUUAGCUGGCUAGCUUAUGUUGGAGAUUCCAGUAAUGGAGGUAGAGAAAAAUACUUUAGAGAAAAAGCAGGUCCACACCACAUUGGGUGAGGCGGGUUGCAGGGGAGUAUUUUGAAGUAUGGGGUUAGAAAAAUAUAAAAAGAUAUGCGAAGAAAAAGAUAUAGAUAUAUAUAUAUAUAUACACGGGCCACGACAAGACGAGGACAAAAGACGUAUGACUGCUACGCCAUCUUGGAUUAUAUUCAAUGACUAAUUGUCACUGAAUCAUCGUGACAUAUGGCAUAUAUUAUAUUUGAUAUAUAUUAUUAGACGUUAUUCAGUAUGAGACAGUAGAAGCUCUCAUAAGAUGUGAUCUUUGUCUUUCUCUCUUUGCAUCUGAUCUCUCUCUGCAGUCAGGUUGGUGUAACUGGGCUUAAUCUGUAUAUUGCUUUGGCGGACCUUGUUUUUUUUUGUGACAUUUGUCAAUAAAACUCAUGAAUGCUGAUUAUGUGUUAUUAUAUUCAAGCAAAUCUACCCCCGCCCAUGCAACGGCAUCCUAAAGUAAUUUUCCACUGACCCUCUUUCUCCCUCAAGUCACCCAUCACUAAUUUCUGAAAUAACACAACACAAAAGUGAUGUAAACACAUGUACUACCUAAACAUGUAUUGAAUCAUACACAUCCAAUCUCUGUCACUUUAUUUUGUUUAAUUCAUAUUUUUUCUGUUUUAGUUUCAGUUUGAGUCAUCUGAAAUCCCCUGACUGACUUGAAGGGGGAGGGGUCGGAGCAAGUCAGUUUCUAGUCAGUGAGGUGAUUUCUUGUAAAUCAUGCUCUCUGCUGCAGUUAAAUAAUGAUACUUUACUGAUUAAAUGGGUUGUUUAGACAAAGUAAUCUUAGUCAUAUCACUGACUCAUUGUCACUGACUCACCGUGACAUAUGGCAUAUAUUAUAUUUUAUAUAGAUUAUUAGACAUUAUACAGUAUGUGCCAGUAGAAGCUCUUAUAAGAUAUGAUCUUUGUAUUUCUCACUUUGCAUCUGAUCUCUCUCUGCAGUCUUGUUGGCGUAACUGGUCUUUAGCUGUAUAAAUCAAUUCAUUUUUAUCAAGUUGUUGUCAAUAACACUCAUGAAUGCAACUGUUUAUGUCAAAUAGUUUUGUGUUCUAAUUGUAGCCCUUGUUGCCCUGAAAAGCAAAUGGUAAAAUACUUCAUUGUGAGGCUAAAUAUAAGGGCUGGACAUGCAGAUAAGUGAAAGUCAGAUACUGAUCUCGGGACUGAUAGGGUUAAUCAUGUUCUGAUGCUGUUGCUCUUGGUGUGAGAUUACGCCCCACAUCUCUAUAAAACAUCAGCUGAAUCUCUACUUGUAGACAUAUGACUGCAGGUCCCCAACUCAGCAGGCAGGCAAAGACUUUAGAAGACUGCUGCAGCCCGUCCAUCUUUUGGUGGAUUCCCCUCCUGGUGGACUUAAAGUGAUGGAGAAGCCUGAUGAUGAGGGGUCACCAGGUGCAACAGGUGGUGAAGGGGAUGGAAGAGACACCACACCAGUUCACAGCACUGGUACUCCUGAUGGCAUUGCAGCACUAGGAGCUAUGCUACAGGGCUUCAUGUUGGUUCAACAGCAGCAACAGCAGUCAAUGCAAACAAUGCAGCAACAGAUGCAGCAGCAGAUCAGCCAGCUACAGGAGGAGGUGCAGAAGGGAAAGACUAAGCAACUGUGUGUUGUGACCCCUCUGCCAGCAGCAAACCCAGACACUUUGACAAGACCAGCUCCUCAGUCCCUAGACCCAGCAGAGGAGGUAUUAGCUGAACACCUUGACAAGAAGGAGGAGGAAGCAGAGAGGAAAUCGGAAGAGGUCCAACAGCCUUUGUCCAAAGCCAAUGAUGAGACAAAACCAGAGACAGAUGGCUCCUCAGGAGGAAACAGAGAAACAACCAGAGGCCCAGCCGAGGUGUCAGGUCAACACGUUGUCAAGAAGGAUGAGGCAGAGAAGAAAUGUGAAGCGGAAGAACCAGUGCCAAAAGCCAUAGAUGAGCCAAAACCAGAAGAAAGUUCCUCAAGAGAAAACAUAAAAACAACCAAAGGAUCCUGUCUGAGGGAGCUGUUGUCAAAGGCUGGACUAGAAGAUCAUUAUGAAAACAAGCUGACGUUAAGUACUGCCCUUGAGAUAAAUGCUAAUACUACAUCAGAUGAACCACUUAACACUAUGCAGUCACUUCCAGGGGCCUUCCUUAAGAAAUUAAUGAUGGCAAAUGUGAAUGCUAGGAGUGUGAAAUGUCUGACCACUGACCAGGAGGUUUCCUAUUGUGGUAUAGACAACCUGGACACUGACACUGAUAGUAGCAAUGUAAUUAAUCCACUGGACCUGAUCACAGCCCUGUUUCUGUGUUCAGAUGGUUUCCUGCAACAGGAGAUGGUCCAGAAAAUGUCCACGUGUCAGUUUGCUGUUCCUCUUCUGCUGCCCAACUGUGACACAAAACAAAGCACUUUGAUGCUGUGGGCCUUGAGGGACAUAGUGAGGAAGUUUAGACCCUCUUUCCAAACGGCCACAAAUGCUUUUGUGGAGGAGAGAAUUGUUGUCUCUGAUAUUCCUAUGGUGUCCUUUGUUAGGCUAGGAGAGAGCAGCUUGUCCAAGUCUCAGAUUUUGAACAAGUUGCUUAGUAACCCUCAACAGUACCAUGAUACAUUUGUUCAUUAUGAUAUGGAAUGUGGCGAUGUUCCUCGCAGAAUCUCAGAUGGUCUGGUUGAAAUCAGCUGGUACCUUCCCUGUGGAAACAGAAACAUAGACAUGUUCACUAAGCCUGUGGCAGUGGCCAAUCUCAGAGGAGACAUCGGGUCCUUUGAAACACAGUUCUCCUUUCUGUGUCAAACAUCAGCUGCAGUUUACAUUUUCAUUGAUGAUUUUGAGGCAGAUCUCAAGGUUUUGGAAAGAAAAAUCACAAAAGCAGAGUUAUUUCUGGUUGUCAACUCUCAGAGAAAAACGUUCAAGGUGGACACAUUGAAGAAAAUUAUCACAAACUACAGUAUCAACCCAGCAAAUGUGAUUGUGAAGAAGAAGCAGAAUGAUGCAGAAUUUGUCAAAACCCUGCAGUCAUCUGUGGGUGACAACAUCAAAAAAAUAAGAAAUAGAUUGACAAUUGAAAACAUGGUUGAUGUGGCUCAUCAGUUUGGGAUUCUGGUUGAUGAAGACAGUGAUGAGUGUCAGAGUGCCAGGAAGAUGGCAGAUGAAAUCACCAGGAACUUCAAAGACACAAUGAAAUUCAAAGACCAACAGCUACCCUUACAAGGAACAAUCUGGAAAGAGCUUUCCCAGUUGGAAAAAGAGAGGUGUAGACUGAGAAAUGCACAGAAUAAUGUCAUUGAACACUACAAGAGCUUUCUGAAGAAAAGGGAGGAAGGGCUGAGAGAGAAGCAAAAUACAUUUGACAAAUCAGAUGCAAUGACAAGCUUCAUUUCUGGAUUGUCAGUUUCAGGAGCGGAGCGUUCCUACUUCCUCAAAUGGAUGCGGAUAAAUCUGGACAAUCUGUCACGGCAGAACCUGUCUAGUUUGAGGGACCGGUACAAAGAUCUUUGCCAACAUUCUCAGGAGAAAAAAGAUGACAUUAAAGAUUUGGAUAAGCAAAUGUCUGAUUGUUCCCUGGGACUUGAACACUUCCUGCGUGAGUUGGGCCAGUUAUAUGAAGCUGCCUGCUCCCUCCCUGAAAACAGCCCUCAAAGGAAACAGAUGGAGCAUCUCCCUGGAUUGUGUGCUCAGAUGCUGUUGGAUGGUUUCCCCAUUGAGAUCGUGGAUGGAGAUGCAUCAAAUAUCCCUCUGAAAUGGAUAUCAGCUGUUCUAUCUCAGCUUCAUACUCUUGUCCAAUCCAACAGCAAGAUACGGGUGGUCACAGUUUUAGGGGACCAAAGCACAGGGAAGUCCACUCUCCUCAACACCAUGUUUGGGGUCCAGUUUGCUGUCAGCAGUGGAAGAUGUACCAGAGGGGCCUUCAUGCUACUGAUUAAAGUCAACAAAGACCUCAAGGAGGAGCGAAAUGUGACUUCAUCAUGAUCAUUGACACGGAGGGGUUGAAAUCACCAGAGUUGGCUCAACUAGAUGAUAGUCAUGAACAUGACAAUGAACUGGCAAUAAUGGUGAUAGGACUCAGUGAUGUCACUAUCAUCAACAUCGCCAUGGAGAACUCCACAGAGAUGAAAGACAUUCUACAGAUUGUUGUUCAUGCUUUUAUCAGGAUGAAGGAAGUGGGGAAGAAGCCGAUGUGUCAUUUUGUGCACCAGAAUGUGUCAGACAUGUCUGCACAUGACAACAACAUGAGGGACAGGAAGAAGUUGUUGGAACAGUUGAAUGAAAUGACCCAGGUAGCAGCCAGAAUGGAGAAGAAGGAGAAUAUCACCAAGUUCACUGAUGUGAUGGAGUAUGAUCCAGACACAAGCAGCUGCUACAUCCCAGGACUCUGGCAUGGGACUCCACCUAUGGCUCCAGUCAAUGCUGGCUACAGUGAGGCAGUGUACAGCUUCAAGAAGACCUUGAUGAAAGAUUUCAGAAAAUGCCAGAGAAAUGAUGACUUGACACAUUUCUUGAAGUGGACACAAAGCUUGUGGGAGGCAGUGAAAUUUGAGAAAUUAAUCUUUAGUUUCAGAAACAGCUUGGUUGCAGAUGCAUACUCCAGAUUAUGCUCGGAGUCCAACGGUUGGGAAUGGGCCUUCCAGAAUGAGAUGUAUAAAUGUGCUGAAACUAAAAUGUGCUGAAACUAAAAUGACCAAUAUUGGAAUGACAGAUCAACAUCUCCAGAGGUCCAUAAGAGAUGUGCUAAAUGAAUUGAUGAUAGAAGCAACUGAGACGCUGUCAUUGGGAGAAAAGAAAAUCCAAGACAAUAUAGUGAAAUACUUUGAAAAGCAAGAUGGCCAUGUCAAUCUAGUGGAAAAAUACAAGGAGGACUUUGUGUCCAGUGCCAAAACACUGAGACGAGAGACAGAAAACUCUGUGAAGAACAAACUGCAAGGAUUUGUUGAAAUCAAAGAGGGAAUGACAGAACUGAACAAUAUCAAGAGCUCUCAGGCAAGUACAAUGGAGAAAAAGGUGCUAGAUUUGCUUCAGAAAUGUAGACAGAAUAAAUCUGGUCUAUCAGGUCAGGCCAUCAGUAAAGAGUUUGAGAUCAUGUGGAAGAAAACUCUUUCUGAGAUACACUUCAAAGGACUCCCAAGAAGAGAUGUGGCUCAGGAUGCCUUCCUUAUUUUACGUGGAAAUCUUUCAACAAGGGGUGGGAAUGUCAAUGAGAUGUUGGUUCGAAUCAACCUGGUGGAUUGUGGUAAAGAAGUAUUUGUUGUGGAAAAUGGGAGUGUAGGGGAGAUAUGUGUGGCCUUAUUUAAGCACUUCGAUAUCAACCAUUACAGGAAGAAACUACAAGAGUUGUGUGUCAACAUCAUCACACAGUGUCAGUUGUUUAUAACACAGAAGGUGGAAAGCAAAACAAAUUACCAUGAUACUCACAUCAAAGAGCUGCUGAACAAGAUUGAUGAAUCGUCACAACAACACAAGAAUGUUAAAAUCAGUGAGAAAUGUGAGGUUUCUCUGAAGCUACACAUCUGUGGCAGAGCAGCCAGAGAGUUCCAGAAGAUGCAUAAUGAUUUCAUUGAAGUUAAUGACCCAAAGAAGUGUCUGGAACUGUCUAAGAGCAAGUACCUUACUGAGUUCAAAGACUUAUUUCAUAACCGAGACCAGUGCCAAAAGAAAGCUGAGGACUUCACAAAGCUCUGUUUGCAGCCAGCUGUACAGGACUAUGUGACCAAAAUGAUUGGUCCUGAUGUGGUUGAUGAAGUGAAGACAGGUAAAGGGUCAAAGGAUUACAGCACAAGAGGAGCUUUCCAGUUCUCCAUUUUGAAACAACUCCUGACAGAUGGACAAUAUGAUAAAUAUGAAAAGUACAUUGACAAUUACUAAAGUUUUGUGAAGGACUGGCUGUUUGACCAGAUUGUCCAACAACUCUCAGAUGAGAACAGUCUGGAGAAAUUGGAGAAGAAACAUCUUUCAGAGAUGGUCAAGAUGAUCACUGACGCAAUCUCUAACAUCAGAGAAACAACUGGCCUAAAAAAUAUAAAUGAUGUCAAGACAUUCAUUCAGAACAUCUGCAGUGCCCUUAAAGAGAAACUGGUCCUCAAGGAUGCUCUGGAGUCCGUCUUGAUUCUGCACACUGCAGACACAGAACAGUUUGCUGACUACCUCACAGAGUUUGUGGGAGAAAUGGAGCAGUCACUGGCAGCUGAGUACAACCAGGGAGGAGACAUCAAAGAGAGACUCAGAUCUCUACCAUUCAAGCCUCAGGACGAGAUGUUCACCAGUCUGUUUGGCUGUGGAGAACAAUGUCCCUUCUGUGGUGUACCUUGUGAAGCAGGGGGGAUAAAGCAUGCCAACCACCAUGCCUCCAUUCACCGUUCAGAAGGUAUCAAUGGUUAUAGGUGGAGGGAUUCAAAUAAAUUAAUAAUUGAUAUAUGUUCAUCUCUUGUGGUUAGUGGCUGUACAUUCUCCAACGCCGAGACUGGAGGAACAUUUCACCCCUACAAAGACUACCAGACACAUUACCCUGACUGGUUAAUAACUGGAGAUUCCAGUAUUGAGGCUUCAGACUACUGGAAGUAUGUAUGUGAUGACAAAAUUCAAUGAGAAAAUUGCUACAGACAGAGAUGCACUCCCUGCAGACAUCCCAGAGGACUGGAAGGCUUUAACACCUGAUGAUGCAAUGGAGACCUUGAAAAGGUCAUUCAACAUGAAAUAAAGUGGAGUACUAUUUAAUGACUUGCUGAACAAAAACAUGAUUGAUUUUUCAUAGACUUAACAACCAGAAAUGACAUAUCACAGAAUCAUCAUAUGUAGAACCAGUCGUCUCAAUAAAGUUUUUGAAAUAAUGUGCAAAUCAGGCAAUACCCAAUGCAAUUUGGUGGCAGGGUAGCCUAGUGGUUAGAGCAUUGGGCUAGUAACUGAAAGGUUGCAAGUUUGAAUCCCCAAGGUACAAAUCUGUUGUUCUGCCCCUGAACAAGGCAGUUAACCCACUGUUCCUAGGGCGUCAUUGAAAAUAAGAAUUUGUUCUUAACUGACUUGCUUAGUUAAAUAAAGGGGAACAAAAAGAACUGCAGCAGGAAAGACAUAUUUGCAGAUGCAUUCAUAAACUAUAUAACAUCUUAGGAAUUUACAGAUCAGGUGUUCCAUAAUGAAAUAACUAAAGGAUACAGCUAAAUACAACAUUUAACAUAGGCACACAAUGUGAGCAUCAAGUGUCUCAGAGUAGAGUGCUGAUCUAGGAUCAGGUCCUCCCUGUCCUAUGUAGGCUAAACAGAUCCUAAAUCAGCAAUGUUGCUCUGAGACACUUAAUACUGGUGAUCAUAAACAUCAGAAUUGACCAAUAGAUGGCGGUGUGGGUAUGUGGAAAUGUAAACAGACCAAUUGCUUAAAUAUCCCUUCUCUCCUUGUCUCCUCCCUUGAAUCUGCACUGAUUGGCAGAUCAGUGAAGGAGAGGACUGGAUUCUAUAUUUAACCUAUAUAUAUUCUCAAGUAUUAUAAUCCAAUAUAUACCCAAUAUAUGUAUCCAGCAUAUUCCAUAUAUGAUAUGCAUGCACUGUGUGAAUCAGUAGAAUGUAUAUACCGUGUUGGGAUCCUCACUCCUGUUCAGAAAUCAGAAACCACACUUAAAACGGCCACGGACAAGCUGACAGAGAAAUUCCUCUAGCUGCUCAUUCUGGACCAGUGAAUAAACUGACCAAGACAUUCUGAAACCUGAGUUGUUGACCAGAUCAAACCAUGUAUUUUUAAGUACCAUGUCAGUGCUCAUAGUACCAUGUUAGCUAUCUGUAAAACAUGUUUAUGCCAUAUUUGGCUAAGUAGUUUUCAACUGUCAACUCUGUAAUUAUCGGUUGUAGUGACGGCCGAGGAACUUUUCCAUGUAGACCAAUCAAAUGUGUGGCUGGUUUUGGGCCCACCAAUUGUGUGAGUUGGCAACAUAAAAUACAUGUAGAUCUUGACAUUGUCAAGGUGUUUGUUGAAGUGCAACCCUUCCACUGUGGUGUAUUAAAAUAAUAUUGAACCUGGA